CACCUUUCCUUCCUUUUACCUUUUAUGGUCUUCGACAUACCCGGCUUUCUGGGGCUUGCCCGGCAUGCUGCAAGGAGUAGGCUAGGGGUCGCUGAGGUCCUCGUUUUCGCGCCGUCCAAUGGCCCCAUCCGAGCUGCCACGCGUUCUCUCCUGUGUGUCUGGAAUCGCUGCAUCUCUAUUCACUGCACCCAUCAGCAAAUAUCACUUCCCGAGGUUCAGUUUGAAAGCGUUGAUUCCAACGCUGUACCAACUAAGUGAAGAGCAAAAGUACAAGGAGACCUCACUUGUGUCGCACCUACAAUUACAAGCCUGGGGAGCUUCGAAAUGGACCGCCUGGUGGGUCAAUAUGAUUUUAUAGGCCCGCUGUUUUACCCAUUCAACAACAGCUGUUCCGAUAUUACUCACCGAGUCGUACUAGAAUGCUAUGUUACCUUUGCCGACUGAGUCAUUUC